AUGGUGAAACGAGCUAGAAAUUCACGACGCGUCAACACGUCCAUCAUCUCUACCAUCGCAAAUCCCAUCGCAACCAAAGAAUUGCUCGCCCGUUUACUGGCUCUAGUCGAUACACUUUCAGCUACUGACCAGACAGAGACACCUCAGGACUACGCGUCUAUCGCUGCCGAUUUGGCUAACAAAAAGCUCUUACACCACUCCAAUAAAGCAGUUCUGGCCUACGCAUGCUGUGGUUUGGCUGAUAUCCUACGUCUCUAUGCUCCAGAUGCUCCAUAUACCCACAAUGAACUUUCAGGUAUCUUCAAGGCAUUUUUUGCCCAGUUCUCCAAUUUGUGGGACCAGCUGAACCCCAGCUAUUUACAGCAGUGCUACGUGCUCAAAAGGCUUGUGGAAGUUCGGCUGAUCAUUCUCGUGGUGGACUUACCGGAUGCUCCAGACCUCAUAUCUCAAUUGUUCGACACCAUGUUCUUGGUGGCCUCAAAGGGCUUUCCGGAAAAGCUUGAGCACUUGGCUUGUGAAAUGCUAGCCGAAGUCUUCUCAGAGGCCGAGUCAGUACCGCAAAAAGUGGUGAUGCUCUUGCUUAAGAAGCUCACAGCAACACCUGAGUCAGGCUUGACUACUUCUACAUCGAACAUCUCCAAUCCCGGACUUGCGUUUUCUUUGGCAGUGUGCGAGGCCAACGUCGACAAAAUGUCUCGCUAUGUGGCUCAGUUGUUCUCGGAAAUGCUUGAUGAAAGUGCCAGAGUUAAGAACGGUGCCACAGACUACGAGGCAUCAUACCUGGCGCUAGAGAAGAUCCACGCGUGGUCGGUUCAGAUCUGGAGAUACGUGCCUGAAUUACUCAACUCUGUCAUGGGUCUCAUCAACGACGAGUUGAACUCUGAUUCCGAGCGAGUCAGGCUCUUAUCCACCUCCACUAUUGGUAACAUGCUUGCAAGUUCCCCAGAAGCAUCCCCCGAGAGCAAUUUGGUUCACUUCAUUAAUACCCACAAGAUUACUUGGCAGAAUUGGCUCAAGGUCUCCUCAGAUAUUUCGCCUAUAGUGCGUGCUAAAUGGGUGGAGCAGGUCCCUGGUAUUUUGUGUUCCCAAUCUGUCACCUCUGACAUGACCACCGAACUCUGCACUGGUUUCACCAAGUGCCUCGCGGACAUCAACGAGAGAGUAAGGUUUGCUACCUGUAGGGCGUUGGAGUUGCUACCUUUCUCCAUUUUUUCCAGCAAAGUAUGCACUGAAGACACGCUCACCACUCUAUUCAGACUCUCAAGAGAGAAAAAUUCCGACAUCCAUGACGUUACCAUCCGUGUCCUUGCUGAUGUGUACAACACUUAUUCCGACUUGAGGGCGCAGAGUGAAGUAGUUGAUUUCGGCAACUUGAGUGAAGAAGAAGUCAAGAAAGUGGAGCGAAUGUUAGCAGUAGAGCUUCCGAAUGUCAUCCUCCAACUCAAUUACGUAAAUGAUAAGUCUCUCACGGCUACUGUUGACAUUUGUUUGUUCGAGAAGUUGGUGCCAUUUCGUGAGGAUUCUUUGAAGCGAGUUUCGAGGCUAUGUGCUUUCUACGAUGCCUUGGACGACAGAAGUAAAGCUUCAUACUUUGCAAUUGUCACCAGGCAAAAAAAAUUUGCUGACGCCCUUCAGAAGUUUUUGGAUUUAGCCCUAGAAAAUCUGAAAAAUCAUUCAAUCGAGGGCGAAGACAAGGAGAAUCAACCAACUGAAGAUACAAAGGAUCAAAUGCGUUCUAAGACCAAUAAAACUAUUGAGUGGUUGACCGCUUCUUUUCCGCCAGGAUUGAGAAGUCUGGAUUGUUUGGAAAGAUUUUUCCAAAUGAGAAAUGCUCGCCUCAUUAAGUUGAUAUCGAAAUGUAUUUCCUCAGACACCGAUUUCAAAUCAGUCAAGAAUUCUCUCAAAGAGCUUCUAGUCAAAUUCAAUGAUUCGAAAACAUUGAAGAUCGAUAAUGAGAAGAAUUCAAUCACAGCAUCAGACAUGGUAUCAACAAUGAAGAUAUUGCUCUACCGUUCAUCGAAUAUUUUCUUUAACAAAACCAAUACGUCGGAGUUGAUCAAAAUAUCGAAAGAGCUGAGCCACAAGUAUCAAGAGAUUUCAAACGAACUCAUUAAUCGCCUCUCAUCCAUCUUCCCCGAUGUUUUUAAAAAUCAGAUUAAAGUCUUGUCCGAUUUAAUUGUGGUUAGAAAAGUUGAAAUUGAGGACUCUCUCAUCCAAUCAUACAGUCAUUUCAUAAAGAAAUACCCAGAGUUUUUCCCGGAAGAUUCCGAAUUUGCCGAAUCUUUGCAGCUCAUAGCAACAGAGGGAUCGCCACAUCAAGCUCGUUAUGCGGUUAAAAUCAUUGGUUACUGUGAUAGAAAGGAACUUUUCUUCUCAAAUAUUGCUGAGAAAGUUUUACCAUUGAAGCCUUCAAGUCCUCUAUUUGCAACUCAUCUCUCUGCCCUUGCUGAGAUUUAUUUGAUUGAACCACUUGUUCUCGGAGCUCACUCAAAUGAUAUAAGCACUGUUAUUGUUGAUGAAGUACUUAGGAAAAAUCGCCUCAAGAAUCUUAAGAAAGAAUAUGUCACUAGUGAAGAGUGGAUCACUGACGCGCAAUUGAGAGAGGGCAAUAAGGAGUUGAGUGCUUUAAACGAGAAAUUGCUUUCAAUUCGUCUCAUUGUGAAUCGAGUUCGCUCAGUGGUCAAUGACAAUUCUGAUCUCAAAGAUUUGGGUAGUGUUUUAGAGAAGCCUUUAAAACUUUUGACUACAAUUGUGACAAACAGUGGUGAGAUAGUGAAGUCCAAGCCAGAUUUGCUUCCAACUCCUCCUUGUUUCCAGCAGAGAUUGAGACUCGAAUCAGGUCUUAAUAUUCUCAAGUUGGCUAGAUAUCCCUCCAUUAAUUUGCUCAUUAACAAUAGUGUGAUUUCCAUCCUUUCGAGAUUGCUACAUGAUAAGUCGUCUCAGGUCCGAGCAAAUUUUCUUGAGUCAUUAGAGAAGAAGUUGACUCAUAAUGCUAUUUCGGAGCGGUUCUUACACUUGAUUUUCUUUGUGGGUCAUGAUCCAGAUGAUGAAAUUAAGCGCAAUGCUCUUCUAUGGAUAGCGUCCAACUUCAGAAGGUGCGAGGAACGAAAUGAUAUCGUGUACGAACGAGUCCUUGCCAGACUUAUCCAUGCAAUUGCCCAUGAGGAUAGAUUUACUAGAAUGAUGAACGAUGUAAAGGGAGAUGAGGUACAGCCUGAAGUGGACGCAUACGCGUACGCCCUGUCAUACAUCUCCAUGUAUUUGGAUUCUAUUGCCAAAGAGGAGAAUAUUUCCCUCCUUUAUUAUGUUGCCAGCAGAGUGAAGCAGUACAGAGAUGGACAGGUAGAUCCAGAAUUAUACGCCAUGGAAGAUUUACCGGACGCUGCUGUGAAUUUGUAUCGUAUUACUGAACUUUGCCAGUUAAUGAUCAAAGAGCUUGCUGAUUCAAAGGGCUGGAAUUUGCAAACAUGGCCAGGAAAGAUGAAGUUACCUUCGGACUUGUUUGCUCCAAUGGAUGAUUAUCAGGAAGCACAGAAAGUCAUUUCCAGGAUUUAUAUUCCCGAUGACGUGCAAAUUGAAUUACGUCAGACCCUUAAAAAGCCCACGUUGAGAUUUAAUCAAAAGAGAAAGGCACAUACUCUGUCCACUGCACCACCCAGAAAGCGGAUAUCCAAAAGCAAAGUCUCAAGAAAUCCAAAAUCCACCAGGACUCACAAAUCUAAAGCCGCGAAGAAGAACGAAUCUGAUGAUGAGGAAGAAGAGACUGAAUCUUUACAGAAGGAACCUCGGAGAAGCACAAGAACUCGGGCUACUGUCAAGUACACCGAGGCAGCCGAUUCUGAAGACAACGAAGGCGAAAGCGAAGAGAGUUCUGAUGGAUCAGAUUCAGAGUAA